CGUCUUUUAAGACCUGGCCAGUCAAUGUUGUAUGUAGAGGUCUUUGAGGUCAAAAAGCCAAAUGAGCCAUCAAGAUUUUAGUGUGUCAGAAGUUUCUGCUGACAUUCUGUGUGAGUUUCUUGAAGUGGCAUUCCAUUGUAUCCUGUAUGUGAGGCAGGUCUAUCCACCUGGAGUCUUUGAAAGAAGAAAAAAGUACAAUAUUCCAGUGCAGGUAUCACGUCACCCAGAGGUGAGGAGUUAUAUCCAGGAGGUGGUGAAAAGUCUGAGACCAUUGCUUCAAAAUAACGAGCUGGAGAAAGUGGUGUUGGUGAUCCUGGACGGUUUUGAACGUCCUGUAGAAAGAUUUGUCUUCGAGAUAACAACUCCACAACAACCCAAUAUCAGUGAUGACAGUUUCUUACUGAGGAUAGAGCAGGCCUUGAGGUCAUUUAUUUUAAAGCUGAAUAUUUGUGAGGCUCUGCUGUCAGACAAGCCAAAAGACUGCACAUGGACAGUUCAAGUUCACACCAAAGAAAGUGCUGUGGACACCUUACAAAGUCAGCCACUCAUAGAGUCGUUUCCAUGGGUACAAGCUGAAGAUCUCCAGACCAGCAUGGCAGACUCUAGACUAGUGCCACUGAAAGCCAUGCAGACUGGGCUUGUACAGAUGCAGCUGUAUGCUGAGGAAAUUGAAGAUAAAACGUGAAGCUUGUCUAAAACAGAUGGAAUAUUUAUCUAUGAUAAAGUCCAAUGUCUUUGCACUAUGGACUGCUUAUAUGUAAGAUACUGAAGAUCCACUUUGAUUUCUGAAUUUUGUACCAGACUCAUGAGUAAACUAAAAUGCAUCUGCUGCCAAGUGAGCCUUCAUUGUCAUGUACUGUUUAGAGCAUCUACAUUUAGGAUCAGGUGGAUGAAGUGAUGACCAGAACUGAAAUGUUUGUUGGCCUUUUCAGUAUGUUAAAAGUAGUGUGCAUUAUACCUGCAGCUGUCCUAUUACUAUUUACUAUUAUGCAAUUACAUUGAAUAUAAAAGGAAAAUGUAGAGAACCAGUGAAAUGAUAAGAUGGAAUUGUGCGUAGGUGUGUUUCUGCAUGUACAUGUUUGUAUGUAUGUGUGUCCGUAGGCGUGUAUGUACCUGUGUGUGUGUGUGUGUCUGUGUCUUUGUGUGUGUUAUCAUCUCCAUUUCUUGCCAGAAGGUGGACAUAAAAAUUGUUCACUUUGUCUUAAAGAUGAAUUUUCCACCUGUCUCUAGUCAUUUUUGCUGUACAUUAUGCUGGCAACUUAUCAAGUUGUAGAAUUGUAUCAUUAGUAGUAAAACGUAGACUAGCUGUCUACUUUUGCUGCUAUGACCAUGUUAAUAAAAAUAAUGGAAUAUC